GAUCAAAGUAUACGGAUUUGAUUAUGAUUAUACAUUAGCAAGUUACACAGAUAACUUGUCUUUUACCAUUUAUGAUUCCUUACGUGAUAUUAUGGUCGAUGUGUUUCGUUACCCAAAACAUAUCAAAGACUUUUCCUUUGAUCCCAAUUUUGCUAUCCGUGGAUUACACUACGAUUUUGAUCAUGGAUGGUUAAUGAAGAUUGAUAAUAUGGCCAAUAUCCAACUCAAUACUGUGCAUGUUGGACGUGAACCUAUCCAUGAUAUCAAUGCUGUUAUUGAUUUGCAUAAAGGUCGUCAUAUCCCACCCGAUUAUCUCAGAACCAACAUGUUUCAAUUAAGCGACUUGUUCUCUAUCCCUCAAGCCACUCUUCUAAGUGAUAUUGUCCAAUACUUUCGUGACCACAACAUGAGCUUUCAUCCACGUUAUUUGUCCGACGAUAUCCAUCAUGCAGCCACGAUUUUACAUACUGGCACCUAUGGUAUUGGUGGCACUUUACAUGAAACCAUCAUGAAAGAUAUUUCGGCUUAUUUGAAAAGAUCCCCUCAUUUAGUACGCUAUUUAGAAACUCUUCGGAAGAACGGUCAAAGUACUUUUUUACUUACGAAUAGUACUUUACCAUUUAUCGCUAAAGGGAUGAGCUACCUGACAUCAACCAAUGAUUGGAUGGAUCUGUUUGAUGUUGUGAUUGUCAAUGCACGUAAACCCGAAUUUUAUCGAUCGUAUAGACCCUUUCGAAGAGCCAGUGAACCGAAUUGGGAUAAAGUAGACCAGUUUAUAAAAGGUGAGGUGUAUCAAGGUGGAAACAUGAAGGAUUUUGCCAAACUCACUGGCUGGUCUGGACAAAAAGUAUUGUAUUUUGGUGACCAUGUGUUUUCCGAUUUAGCAGACGCGUCUAUUCAACAUGGAUGGCAUACGGGUGCGAUUAUCCAUGAACUUGCGAAAGAAAUUGAGAUUCGAAACGAGCCUGCUUACCGCAACGCGUUGUCAUGGUUGCUGCAUUUAGAGAAUUUAUUAAAUCAAGCCCAGUCGUGGCAAAAGAAGGAAGGCUAUCGCGUUCAAGAAUUAGAUGGGUUGAUUGCCGAAUGGCGAAAAGAAAGACGCGAGACCCGAUUAAGGUUAAAACGCGCGUUUAAUCAUUCCUUUGGUAGCGUAUUUAGAACAUAUCAAAAUCCUUCAUUCUUUGCCAAUAAGAUUCGAAAAUUUGCUGAUAUCUAUAUGGCGAAUGUGACGAAUUUAGAGUCAAUUUCUCAAGAUUAUGUCUUUUAUCCUAACCGAACCUAUCUUCCACAUGAGCAACUGGUAGAGACUUUGAUCGAUUCGGGUAAAAUUAGCGAGUAUUUAUAAACACGACACGUCUCAAAUUAAAAAAAUGGAACGACGCGUACCAAUGAUCCCAAAGUCACGUUUAAAACAAUUAAUUUUUUUUUUGUCCUUUUUCAUUCUUUGCUUUCCAACCCCCCUUUUUUUCUUUUUUUUU